GAUCUCGCCAGGCUAUAUCGACUGUAUCAGCUCAUGUACACCAACUUCCAGGUUAGGAGGUUAGCUGACUUGUUCAAAGCCACAAAGCAUGUAAGCGGAGGAGUCCGUGAAAACGCCAGGUCUUGCGACUGGCUCUCGCCCCCUCUCCGGGAACCUCGGCUUUUGGAGGUGCUGGAUCCGACCUGGCCAGGAGGCUUGCAGCCCUCACCCCAGGGUGCCCCGAGGGGACUCCCGGCAGGGGGCGCUCAGAGCCGGGUCUCGGGGCUCCGGGCGCGCGUCCAGCCGGAGCCUGGGACGGGGCCCGCCGCUCCGCCUCCUCGGUGUCUCUGCGGGCGGGCGAGCAGGCAGCGGAGCAGAUCCGAGAGCAGCGCGCCCCGCUGGGCCCCCGGUGCCCACCGCGCUCCCACGGCCGCCGCCGCGCAGCCUCCCGCCGGCUGUACGCUCCAGGCCUCGAUGAAGAGCCCAAACAUGGAGACGUUCAAGCAGCAGAAGGUGGAGGACUUUUAUGACAUCGGGGAGGAGCUGGGGAGCGGCCAGUUCGCCAUCGUGAAGAAGUGCCGGGAGAAGAGCACGGGGCUGGAGUACGCGGCCAAGUUCAUCAAGAAGCGGCAGAGCCGGGCCAGCCGGCGGGGCGUGUGCCUGGAGGAGAUCCAGCGGGAGGUGAGCAUCCUGCGGCGGGUGCUGCACCCCAACGUCAUCACGCUGCACGACGUCUUCGAGAACCGCACCGACGUGGUGCUCAUCCUCGAGCUAGUGUCCGGAGGAGAGCUCUUCGACUUCCUGGCCCAGAAGGAAUCCCUGAGUGAGGAGGAGGCCACCAGCUUCAUUAAGCAGAUCCUGGAAGGGGUGAACUACCUUCAUGCCAAGAAAAUCGCUCACUUUGAUCUCAAGCCAGAAAACAUUAUGUUGUUGGACAAGAAUAUUCCCAUUCCACACAUCAAGCUGAUUGACUUUGGCCUGGCUCAUGAAAUAGAAGAUGGAGUUGAAUUUAAGAACAUUUUUGGGACACCAGAAUUUGUUGCUCCAGAAAUUGUGAACUACGAGCCCCUGGGACUGGAGGCUGACAUGUGGAGCAUCGGUGUCAUCACCUACAUCCUCCUCAGUGGAGCAUCCCCCUUUCUGGGAGACACGAAGCAGGAAACGCUGGCAAAUAUCACAGCAGUGAGUUACGACUUUGAUGAGGAAUUCUUCAGCCAGACCAGCGAGCUGGCCAAGGACUUCAUUCGGAAGCUUCUGGUUAAAGAGACCCGGAAGCGGCUCACGAUCCAAGAGGCUCUCAGUCACCCCUGGAUCACGUCCAAAGGAGAGAUCAGAGCCCCAGAACAGCACAAGGCAGAGCCCAACCAGCUGAAGACCAAGCGCCUGAGAGAGUACACCCUCAAAUGCCACUCAAGCAUGCCCCCCAACAACACCUAUGUCAACUUCGAGCGCUUUGCCCGUGUAGUCGAGGACGUGGCUCAGGUGGAGCAGGGCUGCCGGGCCCUGACAGGGGCCCAUGACACCAUCCAGGACGACGUGGAGACCCUGAUCUCCAUCUACAAUGAGAAGGAGGCUUGGUACCGGGAGGAGAGCGAGAGAGCCCGGCACGACCUGUCUCAGCUCAGGUACGAGUUCCGCAAGGUGAAGUCCUCGAAGAAGCUCCUACGAGAGGACAUCCGGGCCACAGGGUCCCGCCUCGGGGCCGCAGCCAGGAAGCUGGACCACCUGCAGACGCAGUUUGAGACCCUGAGGCAGGAGCUCUCAACAGACCUCCAGUGGCUCCAGGAACUGGUGGGCGGCUUCCAGCUGGAGAGCGGGAGCGUGGACAGCCCAGGUUCCGUGUUCUGUCGGGACGCCAGUGAGUCCCUUGGGGAGCUGCUCAACAGAUCAUGCAGUGAGGAAGUCUUGGCCGGCUUGAAGCUCUGAGCACCAGCCUCGGGUCACUAAUGCAUCCUGGAUGGUUUGCUGAAGCCUGCUCCCAACUGCCCCGCCAGGCAUUGACUCAAAUUCUGCAGGGGUGUGUGUCUGUAGCAUAGCCUUCCACCUCCUCCCAGAAUCCAGAACCAUGGAGGGACUAGCUAGUUGUCCAUUCUGUGCCUCCUCUCACCUGCCUGGUUUGUUGGGAGGGUGACUGGCCAGGCAGCCAGACUGUUAAAACAAUUGCUGUUGAAUACCCCUCAGCAUUCCCUUCUCCAGAGGGAGACAGCUGGUCCUGGGGAGACACUUAGUAACUGAUUUGUGAUAAUGGACUUGUUCACAUCUCACUUCCCGCUUUAUGGACUGCAGGUCUUGGGUACCAUUUGAGUUAACUAGGGCUAAUAGUCCGUCAGCUUGUUGCUUUCCUGCUGCUGAUGGCAGAAUUUUAAAUUCACAGAGAAAAGAUUACUUUUCAUUUACAUUGACAACUUACCAAGCAUUUGUGUUUGUGAUCCUUAAAAAAAAACUCUGUGAGACGGGAAGGUAGGUGGUAUUAUUGUUGUUGUUACUGUUAUUUCCAUGUAACUGAUGAGGAAACUGACCUCCAGGGGAAAUGGCUUACUCAGGAUCAUUCACAGCUAGCUGAUACAGAUGAAACACAAAUCCAGAAUGCCUGAGUCUAAGAUGAGUUAUAUAGGAACAGAUAGCUGUUGAUGUAAAAAUGCACUUUAAUAUUAAAGUGCAGAUCCCAGAGGUAAAAUAAGCAACUUCAUAUAUUUUGCCAGGUAAUGUGGAAGCCUCAUAACCUCCAACUGACUGUCCUAAGAAGUGUGUCUCUAGAAGGCAGGCAGUUUAUUGUUCCCAUCCAGCCCUUCCCUGUCUGAAGAUCAGCCUGUGGAAUAGGAGGGAAGGAGCAGCUUCUUGCCCUUCUCCACCUUCCCUCCUGUGGCUCAUGGCUCCAGCCUUCUGUUGGGAAUGAAGACCCUUUUCUCAUGUCCCUAAGGUCUGAAGAGGGUGGACAUUAAGACUGGGAAGCAUGAGGCCCAGUGGUUCCUUCCUGACCGCAGGCUGUGUGCGCCCCUCCCUAAAGACUGGAUCAUCUCAUCUCCCUCUUCUCAGAGGAGGAGACAGCCAACCAGCUCACAGAGGCAGAGUGUGGAGAGUGGGCCCAGCGCCGUGCUAGAGACUUGGGGGUGACAGAACAGAUAGUAUCGUUCCAAGGUGCCUUCACAGACUCACAAACCCCCUUGUCAGAGAGGAAGGGUAGGUGUUAUUCUGAAUUUGGUGCUGAGGAAACAGAGAGGGUGUGGUUUGCCCAAGGUCACAGUAGUGGCAAAAGUAGAAGCCUUCCGAUGGGGUCUUCUGCUUCCUUCCCCUAGCUGCCCCAGGCCCCAGGGGUUCGCUCUGCUGUGGGGCAGGUUCAACCCAGACACAUCCAUCUAUCCACUUACAAAGAAUUGUUCAACACCUGUCAACUGCUGGGCACUUGUCCUGUCCCCAGGAAUACAAUGUUGAGUGAAAACAGGUGUGUUUCCUGCCUUCAUGGAGUUUGCAGUGAAGGACUCCACGUUGAUCUAGAACAUUCUGCAGAGGUAGAACUGCAGCUGGGAUAGAUGCUAUGAGAAGAUUGCAGCACUGCAGGAGCCUGCAAUGGGGGGUGACCUAGUCAGAAAGGGUGUCCCUGAGGUGGUGACUCUAGAGCUGAGAUCAGCGAAGCAAACCAGGGAGAAGGUAGUUUUCUCCACAAAACUGUCAUGCCAGGGCUCUGUGCUGGGAGGGGGCCUGAGAGCUGAAAUAGCUCAGGCAGAAAGAAAGCUGGAGGGGAGAGAAGAGGAGUAUGAUGUGGAUGUGGCUGGAAAGAAGGCAGGACCAGCAGGGCUUUGCCGUACUGAAGAGCUCUGUCUCCAUCGCAACGGUCAUGGGACUGAAAUGGGUGCCCAGCAGUCAGCAGCCCGAAGUCCUGGCAGGGGUGGGGCUGCCCAGGGAACAGCACGGAUGGGGUGUGGUUUAGAAUGAUCCCAUGAAACCAUGUCUUUAAAAUCCUACCUCCUUUUCUAUUACAUGCUGGAUCACUUCAAAUAUUAUAUAUAAUAUUUGUAACAAACAGAUUUCAUCAAGUAGAAGAAACCAUAUUUUCAUCAAAUGUAAGAUGCAUCAUUAUUUUAUGACCCCAAAAUAAAUUUAAAAAGAAGCCCAAGAUGGGAAGUCCAAGAGAAAACCCCAAAUACAAAGCUGGGACACCCUCAUUGAGAGGGGAGGUGAGAAAUAAAGCCACCAGGUAGGAGGGGAAGGCAAGGAAAUGUGUGCAUCAGGCUUGACACUGGGUCGCUCAGUCACUCAGUCACAUCCAACUCUUCGCAACCCCAGGGACUGUAGCUCGCCAGGCUCCUCUGUCCAUGGAAUUCACCAGGCAAGAAUACUGGAGUGGGUAGCCAUUCUCUUCUCCAAAGGAUCUUCUCGACCCAGGGACUAAACCCAGAUCUCCCGCAUUGCAGGUGGAUUUUUUACCCUCUGAGCCACCCAGGAGGCCCUGACGCUGGGUAGAGGGGUGGAAAAAUCCUCCCCUGAGAACAGGAGCCCCAGGCUGGUGGUAUUCAGACAGGACUCCUUUCUGCAUUUACGCAAUUAGUGGAAUCCAAAAGAACCUCAAGCAAAAAAUCUAAUGUUAAACAGUCUGAGGCUGAGUGGUGCUGAUGGCUGGCAGAAGCAGUGUGGUCAUCUCCUGGAGUACCUGCAUUCACUUCAGACCCACAGUAAAGAUACGAUGCCAUUGUUUGAGAGAUAAGUUCUGAUUUCAGAGAUCCAAAAAUGUGUAUCUUGGAAUCAAUGAAAGAUGGCAAAGCCCUGUUUCCUAUGCCCUGUCUGGGAGAAUUGAUACAAACAGCCCACCUACAAUCUCUCCAAGAACUUUUCUGCCCUGUCACAGGACAGGAUAUAAUCAUUUGGCAUAAGACACUGCAAAAAUUAAUGGUCCCUUUGGCCAGGUCAACCAAGUCAAGGGCUUUCCUGGUGGCUCAGGUGUUAAAGAAUCCAGCUACAAUGCAGAAGACCUGGGUUCGAUCCCUGGGUUGGGAAGAUUCUCUGGAGAAAGGAAUGGCUACCUACUCUAAUAUUCUUGCCUGGAGAAUCCCAUGGACAGAGGGGUCUGGUGGGCUACUGUCCAUGGGAGCACAAAGGGUCAGACAUGACUGAGUGACUAACUCUUUAACUUGGCCAAGUCAACAGGUUUCCUAAGGCAAGGAAGCCCCUGAUUGAGCAACUCAGGGCAAACUCUCUUGUGAGGGUCGAAAUAAAAUGCAAUAAAGGAAUAAGCUGUGGAUGAUGAUUUGAAUUAGGGAGACUGGGAAAAGAAAGGGAGAAGUGGUUAUUUUAGAAUCCUAGCAUCAGCUACACGCUGUCUGUCCUGGAGAUUCUCAGGGGUGAGCCAUCUGACAGCCUUCUUUUACAGCAUUUUACAAGACAGGGUUUGACUAUAGUCUGCUGGCCAGUCAGUCCCGGAGCUGACUGGAGAAGGAAUCAUAAGUGGAUUUCUUCACUGUAGUACAGUCGUCCUCUCCAUGUUCAUGUCCAGUUGGGGGUAAUAGCUUGUCAUUUAGAUGUUUUAUGAACAGACUCUUUUAUUUAAGGGUUUCCAAAGACAAAGUGAAGUGAACUGAAAACUGCCCUCCAAGUCUUUCAGGGAAGUCAGAGGGGACCAUGACCUUCCCUUGCCCCCUGGCUAGUCCAACGCCCAUCACCCUUUGGCAGCAGAACCUGAUGCCAAGGGGAGUCCAAGGAGGCUGGCGGAAUGCCCAGCCAGAGGACCUGCUUGACUCCCCUCCACAUGCCCACAGAUGGCAUUUUAACAGUGACUUCAAGAACAGGGCAGAGCAGGGCCGAUGGGGCAGGAUGGGGUGUUUCAUUGGCAUCUAGACAGACAAAGGCCUGGUGGGGGUUGCCGCCCUGUGGGCCAGCCUGUGUGCCAUCACAGAAGAUCUUUUCAUUCACCAGGCUGUGAAUGAGAGGUCAGCUUCUGUGCUCUCUGCUGAUGCCAUCGCAGAGAGGGCAGGGUGAGCCUGUAACAUCUUCCUGAACAGCGGUUCCCAAGAGGCUAGAGAGUUGGCACCUGGGGAAGGCAGCAGUCUGUCCUGCUCUGGGGCAGACGCAUGAGGCACACAGUCACCCAGCUUUGUGUUGGGAAGGGUGGAGAUGGUGUGAUGGUGAUCCAUGCUUCUGCAGAAUCAGGAUGAUGGUAGCGAAGGGAGGGAGCAGAGUCAUAAUGGUGGGAGAAGCCAGAGUCUCCUCCGUGAACUCCUCUCCCCACACCACCCACCCACCUCUCCAGGUGACUAUGAAGGCGGUGGCUCUCCACAUCACUCCUCCAGGCAGCGCGGUGGUCCCAUGCCAGGGAGAGCUGGCUGUGUGCUCAGCUGUCACGCCUGCUGUCAGCCUCUGUACACGUCUGUGGAACUGAAUGGCCUUUUCUCCUUUGUCUGUGAAAACUCUUGGCCUGUGGAGAAGAUUCUUUGCCCUGGAGAGGAGAUCCAGCAGUGGGCAUAUUUGAGGAGUGGAAGCAGUCAGUUCUAUGAAUAAACACUGAUUAUGUCCUGGCUCUGGAGGGAGGUGACAGAUAAGGAUAAGACAACCCUUGAAUAAAAGACUCAGUGUCUGGGACAGGUAGGGCCCCAACCAACUGCAAGUGAGAAAGACCGUGGUGAGUAAUAAAACAGGUACCUAAUAUUCCGGAAAACAGUAGGGAGAUGAAUUCUGAGGAAAGGUAAGGAGAUGGCAGGGGUUUCCCAGGUGGCGCUCAUGGUAAAGAACCCGCCUGCCAAUGCAGGAGACAUAAGAGAUCAAGGUUCGAUCCCUGGGUGGGGAAGAUCCCCUGGAGGAGGGCAUGGCAACCCAUUCCAGUAUUCUUGCCUGCAGAAUCCCAUGGACAGAGGAGGCCCAUGGGUGGGCUACAAUCCAUAGGGUCACAAAAGAAUUGGAUAUGAAUAAAGCGCUUAACAUUCUCGAAAGGAGGUGGCAGAGGGCAGAAACAUUCUCGGCGGGUGGGAGGUGUCUUCCGCCAACACUCCCCUCCCUCUAUAACCUUGUGGGGAAGGUACUAGGCAGAACUUGGAGGGAUGGGAUGAGCUCAGAUUGUGGUCUGGAACCUAGAGCUGUUAAAUGGAAAUCAAAGGAGAUUAUAGAGAUUCAAAAGAAGGAGAGUUUGUGUUUUUAGCUUUUCAUCAUGGGAGAUUUUCAAACCUUGCAUGGAAGUGUUAAGAAUGGCUGAGUGAAUUCCAUAUAUCUAUUACCCAGCUUCAAAGUAUUUUAAAGCAAACUUCAGACUCACUUAACUCAUAAAUUCUCCAGCAGGAAUCUCUUAUAAGGCGUUUCUUUUUACCAUGACCACUGCAUCAUGAUUGCACCUGACAAAAUCAAGAAUAAUUACUUAUCGCCAUCUGUAUGCACAAGCCAAACUGACUUGCCCCCACUCUUCUCCUGCUGUACUCAAUUCAAAUCAGGAUCCAAACGCAGUCCACACAUGGCAGUUGGAUAUAAUGUCUCUCAAGUCUCUUGUCUUCAGUAUAAGAGGGAGAGUUUUUGAAGCUUUUCCUGGGAAUGAGAAAGUUGCUCAGAAAACUGAAUGUCCCGGAGAGAAGAUGAAAAGGAAGAGCGUAUGCAUGCCGAGACCUGACUCAGAAAAGUAAGGCCGGGUCAGGCAAAGAAAAGGGCAUUCUUACCUCUUUCCAUUGGCAUGCUCAGUAGCGGGACAACCUGCGGGCACGCAGCCUCGCUGAAGCUCCCCCCACUCAGCCACAGGGAGGCAGACUCAGGCCUCCUUUCCUGGGUAAACAGAGAGGUAAGGCCAGCAGGGCUCCAGCCAGCAAAACAAUCAGCAAAAGGGAGAGAUGGAGAUGCCACCUACAGAGCAAGGAGCCAGCUACAGAGGGAGAGGAAGGAGCAAGGCCCAGAGUGAUCGUCCUGGGCGAACCAAGAAAGUGGGUGCUCAGGUGUCCGUGGCUUUCAGUGGAGGAUGGGGCUGAAGGAGUGACUCAGAUGGAGGUUUGAAAAGUUGCAAUCUGUUGGCAGUUUCUAGAGGAGGCUGGAAAACCAGGAUUCUGGUCUUUAUGCCUGGAAGGGUGGCUGCUGCUUCAUCUCCCUGCUCUGUGGAUGUUGGUGCUGGCCUAGCUCGCCACAACAGACACUUUUUUAAACUGGAGGAUAAUUGCUUUAUAAUGUGUUGACUUCUGCUUACAACAAUGUGAAUCAGCCAUAAGUGUACAUAUAGCCCCUCCCUCUUGAGCUUCCCUCCCACCCCACCCCUAUUCCCACGCCUCUAGGUCAUCAUAGAGCACCAGGUUGAGCUCUCUGUGUAUACAGCAGCUUCCCAUUAGCUAUCUAUAUUACACACGGUAAUGAUUAUGGUUGGAGGAGGUUGGUUGUAUGUGCUUAGUCGUGUCCGACUCUUUGUGACCCCAUGGACACAAAGGGGUCCCGCCAGGCUCCUGUGUUUAUAAGAUUUCCCAGGCAAGAAUACUAGAGUGGGUUGCCAUUUCCUACUCCAGGUAAUGUAUAUAUUUAAAAUUAUAUUCUCUCAGUUUAUUUCACCCUGUUCUUGCCCCCACCAUCCAUGUACACAAGACCAUUUUCUACAUCUCUGUCUCUACUACUGCCCUGCAAAUAGGUUCAUCAGUACCCUUUUUCUAGAUUCCAUAUAUAUGCAUUAAUAUAAAAUAAUUGUUUUUCUCUUUCUGACUUACUUCCCUCUGUAAAACGGCUCCCUGAAGGACUUUUUCAGAGACAUCUGUGUCCGCAUAAACAAAACCUGACUUUAGCCACAGAGUUCUGUCUUCUUUUCUCCCUUCUCAACAUUUUUCUGUGACACUAAACAUACUCCUAGGAGCCUAGUCAAAACUGCCCACACUGGUGUCACUGAAGGACCACAAGGCUGAAAGACUUUGUCUGCAGAAAGGGGAGGGUCAGGAGAAGGUGGAACAGACUCCAUCUCCCCUCACACCCUCAUUUAAUCCAACGCGUUGGUGUCACAUUCCUUCUGGAACUUGUGUCACUGCAGAAUUUACAUCUCUCUGACUUCAAGACCUAGAGACAGUGUCCGUGUUUGUUGAGCCUCUUAGCAACCAACAAGACCCAUUGAUUGGGAAAGGCCAGCCUGACAGGUUUAUAUACUCUUCCUUGGAGUUCAUGCUGUUUUGUGUAGAACACAGACAGGGUCCUUGAAGUGACUGCAUCACCUCCCAGGAGCAGCCUGUGGGAAUGGUCCCAUGUGAUGUUGCAGUUGGGCAUCUCUGCUUAGUGACUGACACUGCUGGACCAGUUGGAAGGUGGGGUUCUCACUAACGGGAUUCCCCUGGCCUGCAUGUCGACCUUCCAACCAUGGGGUUUAGCUAACUCUCUCCUGGCAAGGGAACCAAUCAAUAAGUAGACAAGAAGGGGUCCCUUUGGUCCCAGGGUCCACUGAUUCCAGCUCAUCAAACUCUCCGAGUGGAAGAGUGUUCCCUGCCAGGAUUAGACUGGAAGGUGAAUAGCAGAUACUUGUGAAGUUAGAGGUAGAAAUGUUCUGUGGGGUGGCAGGAUGCCAGUGACCUUGGGAAGGAGAUACUAGUUGCUGGGAGAUACAGAGCAGGGGGAUUAACAACAACUGAAUAAAUAUAGAAUAAAAGGUCAGGUAGCGAUAGGUCCUGUGAGGAACUAGGGCAGAGGCACAGAGAGUUGCAUAGGGCAACCAAUGUGCUAUUUUAUAUAGGGUGACCCUGAGGAGGUGACACUGGGGCACACACCUGAAUGAAAUGACAAAGUAUAUACAGUAAGAUCCUGAGACCUGGGGUUCCUGGACUAGCAAGCAGACCCGUGCAAUGAAAGCCACAGGGAUAGGAAGGAGAUGGGGAGAAAAUCAGAUGAGAGAAAGACCCAGAUGAUACAGGCCUUGGGGUUCUUGGUGAGCUUGUUGGGUUCUUUUGAGAGUGCCUGGAAGCUGCUGGAAGGCUUUGAUGCCAGGAAAAAGCAGGAUCAGAACAGACCAGUUUGUCCUCUGCCCUCUUUCACCGCUCUCUUGCAGGGAGGACCUAACCCCAGGGCUGGGUUUGCGAGGGGGAAGAGACAGUGAAGGAGAGAGUUGAGAGAGCAGGAUAUGAGCUGAUGGUGCCCUCAGCACCCCCAUCCUUUUCCCUUCUCUCUCCUCUCUGACUCCCUCCUUUCCCUCCUCUCUUCCUUCCUGUGUUCUUUGGACCAAACCACUGUGUCCCAGUUUGGGAGGGUGAGUAAGCCUCUGGCUCUCUCGUCUCCCCUCUGUGUCAGGUGGCAUGAACUCUCCUCCAUGCUUGCUGACCUCCCCAGGACUCCAUGUCUCACCUCACUGGCCCCCCAGGCAGAGCUGUGGGGAGUCAGGGUGUCAUGACGCGCUUCCGCGGUCUCACAGCUGAGUGGACCCAGGUGCCUGGGCCUCUUGUUGGUGGGAGUCAGUAGGUCCCAGGUCCUGGGACUUGGUUCUGAUUUGAUUCUGCUGCAGCUCAGGGAAACAGUUGACCCAUACAGUGCUUCCGCACCCACCUUAUUAAGCUCUGGAUCAGGAGUGGGGGGUAAGGAAACACUGAUAGACAUGAAGAAAAUCAUUCCUGUUAUUGGCCACUAGUGGGAGAUGACUGUACUGCGGAGCUGACCGAGAGAGGUGCUGUGUAUAAUAAAGGAGCACACAUGUGUUUGGGUCAUGUUGGGAGAGACAUUGUUUCUUGGAAGUUAUCUUGGAAGAGGUCAUAAUUGAAUGGGGCUUUGAAACACACAGAGGCCUUCCUGGAGGAGGGACGUUGGGUGAACAUGGAAAGAGCCUCCUGCCAGAAAAUGUCAGGACCAGAGCAGUGUGCACCAGCCAUAUGCACCGGCUUCCACGGACAUCUGGUGCCAUGAUGACAAAUAAACAGGCAUGGAGGUGUGCUCACAGUGUGGUUAGGAGACAAGACCAGCAUCAGGAAUCCCUGAGCGGCCUCACUCACUGAGGUCACUGAGGUGCAAAAGGAGGCACUGCUUUGAGGAGGCUGUCAGAGCAGAGAGAAAAAAUAGAACUGGAUGGGACCUUAUGGAUGACCCUGGGUGGUUCAUAUUCUUGAGGUCACGGAGUCCUUUAAGAAUCAAUCAAAGCUAUUGACUCUUCUCAGAGGAAAAAUAUGUCUGUACCUAUACACUAAGUUUUUAAAAAUUGAGAUAUAAUUCACAUACUAUAAAAUUCACUACUUGAAAGUAUACAAUUCAGUGCUUGUUAGUGUAUUCACAAGGUUAUACAACCAUCAUCUCUAUCUAAUUCCAGGACAUUUUCAUCACCCUAGAAAGAAACUUUAUAACCUUUCAUAGUCUUUCUCCAUUCUCCCCUCUCUCCAGCCCUGGCAACUACUAAUCUACUUCCUGUCUCUGUGGA